UCAGCUUUCAUGGUGACAUGGCACCUAAUUUCUUUCUUCAGAGGAAGUUUAGCACACAGCACGGUCCUUGAUACGCUGGGUUGGUUUGACGGUCUACCUGGAGUAGACUAUGUCAGAGAGUCACAAUGACCUUGCACAAUAACAACACAACCUCGCCUUUGUUCCCAAACAUCAGCUCCUCCUGGAUGCAUGACUCCUCGGCUGCAGGGCUGCCCCCAGGAAUCGUCACUCGUUUUGGCAGCUACAACAUUUCUCCAGCAGCUGGGGAUUUGUCUUCUCCAAAUGGCACGACCAGUGACCCCCUGGGAGGCCAUACCAUCUGGCAAGUGGUCUUCAUUGCAUUCUUAACGGGCGUCGUGGCCUUGGUGACCAUCAUCGGCAACAUCCUGGUGAUAGUGGCAUUUAAGGUCAACAAGCAGCUGAAGACUGUCAAUAACUACUUCCUCUUAAGCCUGGCCUGUGCCGAUCUGAUUAUUGGGGUCAUUUCAAUGAAUCUGUUUACUACCUACAUUAUCAUGAAUCGAUGGGCUUUAGGGAACUUGGCCUGUGACCUCUGGCUUUCCAUUGACUAUGUGGCCAGCAAUGCUUCAGUCAUGAAUCUUCUGGUGAUUAGCUUUGACAGGUACUUUUCCGUCACGAGGCCACUCACAUACCGGGCCAAACGAACAACAAAACGAGCUGGUGUGAUGAUAGGUCUGGCUUGGGUCAUCUCUUUCAUCCUUUGGGCCCCUGCCAUCUUGUUCUGGCAGUACUUUGUUGGGAAGAGAACUGUGCCCCCAGGGGAGUGUUUCAUUCAGUUCCUCAGUGAGCCCACUAUUACCUUUGGCACGGCCAUCGCUGCCUUUUAUAUGCCUGUCACCAUUAUGACUAUUUUAUACUGGAGGAUCUAUAAGGAAACUGAAAAACGUACCAAAGAGCUUGCUGGGCUACAAGCCUCGGGGACAGAAGCGGAGGCAGAAAGCUUCGUCCACCCCACAGGCAGUUCUCGAAGCUGCAGUAGCUAUGAACUUCAACAGCAAAACAUGAAACGCUCAGCCCGGAGGAAGUAUGGCGGCUGCCACUUCUGGUUCACAACCAAGAGCUGGAAGCCCAGUGCUGAGCAGAUGGACCAAGACCAAAGCAGUAGUGACAGCUGGAAUAAUAACGACGCUGCUGCAUCUCUGGAAAACUCCGCAUCCUCAGAUGAGGAGGACAUGGGCUCAGAGACACGAGCCAUCUAUUCCAUUGUCCUCAAGCUUCCAGGUCACAGCACCAUUCUCAACUCCACCAAGUUACCCUCAUCAGACAACCUGCAGGUGCCCGACGAGGAACUGGGGACAGUGGACUUGGAGAGGAAAGCCAGCAAGCUGCAGGCCCAGGAGAGCAUGGACGACGGAGGCAGUUUUCCAAAAAGCUUCUCCAAGCUUCCCAUCCAGUUAGAGUCAGCCGUGGACACAGCCAAGACCUCUGAUGUCAACUCCUCGGUGAGUAAGACCAUGGCCACUCUACCUCUGUCCUUCAAGGAAGCCACGCUGGCCAAGAGAUUUGCUCUGAAGACCAGAAGUCAGAUCACCAAGCGGAAACGGAUGUCACUCAUCAAGGAGAAGAAAGCAGCCCAGACCCUCAGUGCCAUCUUGCUUGCCUUUAUCAUCACCUGGACCCCCUACAAUAUCAUGGUUCUGGUGAACACAUUUUGUGACAGCUGCAUACCCAAAACCUAUUGGAAUCUGGGCUACUGGCUGUGCUACAUCAACAGCACCGUGAACCCUGUGUGCUAUGCCCUGUGCAACAAAACAUUCAGAACCACUUUCAAGAUGCUGCUGCUGUGCCAGUGUGACAAAAGGAAGAGGCGCAAGCAGCAGUACCAGCAAAGACAGUCCGUGAUUUUUCACAAGCGUGUGCCCGAGCAGGCCUUGUAGAAUGAGGUUUUGUCAAUAGCAGUGACCAAACGCACACAUCAACCCACAAACCUUAGGAGGGAGUAAGGUGAGGGUGGGAUGUUUUCUGGUGAUGAGAAACAUGUUCUUAUCACCCAGAUGUGAAAGAAGCUGCCUGUUUACUGAUCCAUUGGAUAAAUCCAUUUUAAUAUAAAAGUCAAAUACCAAUUCAGCAAAAAACAAAAAAGCAUAUGACUGAAUAUAAAGAAAUUUAUUCUGAAAUAGACUUUAAGUGUUUUUUUCUUAAAGAGGAAAAAAAUUGUUUCAUAGCAAUUAUACACCCAAAUUGAUCUGCUUGGUUCUUUUAAUCCCCAUUGGUUCUGGAAUCUCAGCUAAGCAUAAGCAGCUGGCCCAGUUGCCAUGUUCUUUACAAGGAUCUCAAAAGUGUUAACGCACACCCCACGUGGCACACGUCAGGAUAGUGAAUCUGCAGUUCUGAAAUUAUUUCAUAUGUUGCUAAGCUGAACUUUCUUGUCCCAAUACAGCUUUUUGUCUUAUCUUUGCUGUGUUGCUAAACUCUAUUUGUAGGCUUGAUUCUUGAUUCCUGCAAAGUAUUGUUCCGUGCAGUUCAAUUUUCUUACAAAUAAAAAUAUAUAAGUGUACAUAUAUAUAUAUGUGUGUGUGUGUGUGUGUGUGUGUGUAACACACACACACACACACACACAUAGUGUAUAUAAUAUAAUGGGAAUCACUGAACUGGCAAAUUAUUCCUGCAAUAUAUGCUUUCAGUACUUUGGUAACUGAAGUUCUCUGGGAUCCUAACACAACAUAAAAGUGAAAUAAACCCAGUGUAGUGUUUUGAAAACUGGGGCUGUUUUAUACAAACCACCCUGGAGAAUAUGCAGCAGAGAGCAGCCAGGCCCUCCCGGCAGGUCUGUGCAGAGUGGACAGCCUUGUGAUAAAGGUCAAGUGCCAUGGCUUGACCAGACCCUGAGUGUAAGCUAUGUUCUUGUUGAUAUCCUCAGCAGAGGUAAAUCAAAUCAGGCCCCUCUGAGCAAAAAAAUGGACCAUGUCCACAUGUUUGCAUUUAACUGUCCAAAUCUGAAUGCCUCCAAACAAAACGUCUGCUAUCUCAGCGGCUCACAACUCAGUAACAGUGUCACGUUUGAAUGUCAUACACAGCAAUAUAUAUGGCAAAGUAAAAAGACAUUGUGAGGGGGAAUGAAGGAGAACAUGGUAUUCUAUUUCUUGCUACCUGGCAUCUUCUAAAUGAAAAACUUUACACCUUUGUUACUUAGCUGUGGCCAGUGCUUCUUGGUCUUCUGAGCUUCCCCCAAUAAGAUGUGAAGCUUCGCAAGUCACAUGUCCUCCAAAGAAAGGAAUACACUUUGAAAAGUCAUGCUUCAAAUUGAUAUCCUUACACUUGGAAAAACUGUUUUGUUUUGUUUUUUUAUUCUCUUCUGAAUUGAACAAAUUGCUAAAUGUUCUAUUUGGGGGAUAGGAGGGGUGCUGCGAUUGCUGUCAUUUUUGUUGCUGCUGUAAUUGUUGGGGUCCCUUCUUUUCCUUUUGCUGGG